GACAUUCCCUCACCACCCUCUUCUCCCUCCGCAUCCCCCAAAACGACAUCGUUUCCCUCCUCACUACCAACCCCUCCCUCCUCCACCAUUCCUUCCACCACACCCUCCAAUCCCGUCUCCCCCAUCUCCAAACGCGCUUCCCCACACUCUCCCCUUCCACCCUCCUCAACCUUCUCCUCUCUUCCACAAAGUUACAUCUCGACCCGCUCCAACUCUCACCCAAGCUCAACGCGCUCAAAACCGAUUUCGCGUUUUCCGACGCCACCGUGGCCAGCAUUCUGGAAGGGUUCCCCGACGUGGUUGUCACGAGCGAGAACGAAAUCGCGAGCGUGAUAGAUUUUCUCGCGGGGUUCGGAAUUCCCCGGGACGAGAUUGAUCUCGUUGUCCGUUCCUUUCCUAGGGUUUUGGCGCUCGGUGUUGAGCAGAGGCUGAUGCCGUUGUUUCGGGAAAUCAAGGAGCUAGGGUUUUCCAAUCGUGAGAUGAGGAGCGAGAUCUCGCGGGACCCGAGGAUUCUGGGGAUGGAAAUUGGAGAGCUUACGCGGUGUUUGAGACUGAUAGAGAGUUUGAAAUGCAGGGAAAGUAUCAAAGAGAGGGUUAUAGGUUCGGGUCUGAUGAGAGUGUGUUUUGAGGUGAAAUUAAGAGUGGAUUGUUUGUGUGGGUAUGGUUUGACUCGAAUGGAUGCUCUGAAGGUUAUUUGGAAGGAGCCUAGGGUGAUUUGUUACGAGGUUGGGGAUGUUGAAAGGAAGGUUGAGUUUCUUGUGCAGAGGAUGAAGUGUAGUGUAGAGUGUUUGGCUGAGGUGCCUAAAUAUUUGGGUGUGAAUUUUGAGAAGCAGAUUGUGGCUAGGUACAGUGUGGUAGAGUGUUUGAGGGGGAAAGGUGCCAUUGGGUUUGAGUUUGGGUUGAAGGAUUUGUUUAUGCCUUCUAGGCUUAGGUUCUAUAAUCUUUAUGUGAAGCCAUACCCGGAGUGUGAAAAGAUCUAUGGAAGGUUUUCUGGGUGUGGUGUUCAAGUUAAGACGAAGCAUCCCGCUGGACUGUGGAAACUUUUUAAACCGCAGAAGUUUGCUGAAAUGGAUGAAGAUGUGGAGAGCGUGAGGUCAUUCAUGGAGUCUCUGGUUUAGUGGUGGGAUGAAUUUGAGUCAAUGAAUGACUAUCAAAAUUGAGUUUUGACUUGAUACGUACUUAUAUUAGUACUCUGGAAUUGCCCUUGCCCAAUUGAGAUUCUUUGAUGUGCUUCUGAAAUCGAGCUUUGUAGGAAGUAUGUCUCUCUCAUUUUUUCUUCAAGUAAAUAAUAAUAACAGGGUCUAGCAGCAAAAAAGGCGACAUCACCAGAGGCACUGAUUUCUCUGCCUCACUGCCCCUGCCUCACACAACAGCUAAUGAUUUCAGGCAAACUUCCAAAACUACAUUUCUAUUGACUAUCGGACAUAAUUUGUUGUAUUUAAUUUGGGGCAAGACUUAGAAGUUCAUUCAUUCGAGUGCAACGAAAGAGUUAAUUACUUGAAAUCUUAAGUCAUCCGUGGGUCACAAUAUCACAUGCUCUCUUGAAAAUUGCGUUUUGUUUACGGCAGCACUUCGUCUGACAUGAAAGUUCCUCAAAGAGCUUCUCGAAGCAUGAAACAAGAUUCCUUUCGGAGCACAAGAUAUAUUCUUUAAUAGUGUAUACAUUUCCCCGUUGUUUUGGACUGAUCAGCUUAGUUUCUAGAAUAGUUCCAGGUGUGCUAAUGGAAGGUUUGUUGCCACCGGAAGCACUGAUACAAUAAUAAAGCUAUUUGAGGGUUCGAAGAUCAAUCAGAUGUUUCUACCAAAGGCAAAGGAUGGUCCUUAGCGGCCUGUCAUUCGAACAUAUUAUGAUCGUAUAUAUAAGUGCCUUUGCAUUUUCUGAUAUAUAUACCCGUGACAGAAUUUUGUUUG